AUGAACAUGUCGGGUUCGGGCAGCACUGAGGUGCCGACGCGGCACCGCGGGAGUAUUGGCGCAGCAGGAAGCGGAAGCAGCAAUAGCCGCCCCGUCUCCUCACUCCUCUACGCGCCGGCGGGUCCUCCCUGGCCGCCCCUCCAAGAGCAACAAGGGCGGGAGCUGAGCGAACACGUGUGCGUACGUGUGCCGGCAAAAGGGGCGGUGGCGUGGGGCCGACAGGGCCUGGCGGCGUACGGGUGCCAGUGCUGCGUGGUCGUGGUGGACCCGUCCUCGCUCGCCCUCCUCCAGACGCUCGACGAACACCGCGCACCCGUCACCUGCCUCCAAUGGGGCCACGAGAGCUGGGAGGACAAGACCUCGGUCGAGUAUCCGCUCAUCCUGGCAUCGGGCGACGCGGCCGGCAGCGUGAUCGUGUGGGACGUACUCAAGGCCGAGAUCAAAGCCACCAUGGAGAGCGGACAGGAGGAUGCGGCGGUGCUGGGGCUGAGCUGGCAUCCGGAGGAGCCCUCGCUGCUGCUGUCUCUGCACCACCCCAGCACGAUCAUCCAGUGGGACACCGCUACCGGCAACAAGCUGUGGAGCCGAGAGCUGCCCGAGAAGCUCCUCGCUGUCGAAUUCGACCGGUUCAAUCCCGAGGAGCUGUGGGCGGCCUCGGCCGAAGGGAACAUGUACCUCAUCAACGUUCUCAUGGACUCAACGCUCAUCUUGACAUGGGCCACACGUGUAGUCGGCGAGCCGCGCUCGGCGCCGGCUGGGGAGGCGGUGCUGCGGAACAGCGCGGGGCAGCACGAGGGCGCCGGCAAGCUGCUCCAGAUGGCCUUCUCGCCCACAGCGCGGCACGUCGUCUACUUCCUCUUUCCGCACCGUGUGGUGGGCACGAUCGCGUUAGAGGCCAGCAAGUCGCCCUUUCGCCACAUGAUCCUGUCGGGCGCCCCGACGCGCAUCUUUUGUCUACAAUUCGAUGGCUCGCUGAUUGUGUACAAGAAGCACGAGGGCCAGAGCUACACAUUUUAUCGGGAAUGCUUGUGCGAGGCGCCCAAGCAAUUCAAGCCGGGCAAGAAGAACCAGCAGACCGGCGCCUACGGGAUCGCCGUCAGCCCGCUUCAGCCGCACCAGCUCAUUGGCCUCAUGAGCGACAGCAACCUGUGGCGGUGGGACUUCGUCGAGGGAGGCAGCCCCACGCGGGCCGGCGGUCGCGUUUAUGUGAGCGGGCAGGCCCAUCACCUGUCCAACCCGAUUGUGGAUAUGGUGAAGCUGCGCACACGGUCGCAGUAUCUGGUGCACGGACCCAUCGCGCCCUCCAACUUCCCCGUCCGCGGCCUGUACUGGCUCACCGCCUCCACGCUCAUCUUCUACACCUGUGAAGACGUGGGCAAGGGCGAGUUCAUGAACAAGGUCUUCCUGCUCGACCUCCACACGGGCCGCUUGCGCGAAAUCCGCAAGAGCAGCGCGGCCGAGGCGACGUUCAUCCGCGGUCUGCGGGUGUCGCCCUUGCGACAGUACUUUGUGCUGAUGCUCAAGGACAAGCCGUUCGAGUUGUGGGACAUCGCCUCCCUCUCCACGAUCGCCCUUCUCAAGGCCUCGCAGGUCACCGCGCUCGACUGGUGUCCCACCCAAGGCACUCCUACCGGCGCGGGUGUUCGGCCCCGCGAACAGUUUAUGUUCGUGCUGGCGGACGGCACGACACACCAACACUCGGUGGGCGAUGGCGGAGUCACGGUGGUCCCUUUCCAGGGAGAGGUCGGAACCGGCAUCAUCUCCUCCAUUGCCUGGUACUACUGCUCGGGCACCAUCCACUGCUACAAUUUGGAGACCAAGCGCGCCCUCGUCUUCAACACCAACAAGGGUCUCGUCAGGAACAUCGUGUUCGCGCCCGGCGACAAGGGCCACCAAAUUCUCGUGAACUUCAGCGAGGGCGAGUUCGGGGUGUGGGACGUGGACCACGGCGUGCGCAUCUCCACCAGCAGCUACCUUAAGAGCCGCGACCUGCGCGCCCUGGACCUCGACUGGCUCACCCCAUCGCACCCCGUCGUCUCCACGAGUGAUGGCUGCGUGCGAGUGCUCGACCGGUCUCUUUCGUCUUCGCCGUCGCCCAUUUUGUGGGAGCACGUCGCCGAGGAGGCGCCGCUCCACUCGCCCGCCCUCCUCGGCGGCUUCCUCCCAGCCAUGCUCAAGGUGCACCUGCUCCAUCCGCGGUCCAAGGUACCGCGUGGCCUUGUCGAGGCCCUCGACGCGCUCGACGCCGACACUCUCCAGACGCUGCGAGACCCGUCGCUCUCGAUCACCGAGCGUUGCCGGCGCGUGGCCACCUAUUUUGCCGACGAAAACGAAAUCCGCUUCUGGACGCUGGCCGGCCACUUCCUGGCUGGACCGCCGCAGGGCACCGCCGCCUCGUCGUUGUCGGUGGACGACCUGACAUCGAAGCGGGCGACGCUGCAAGCGACGCCGACGACGGCUUCUGGCGGAGUUGUUGGCGGCGACGGCGGCGAUGACCCCAACAGCCGACCUCCGGCGUCGGCGGCGGCCUCAAUCCCAGCUGAGGCGGGCGGAGGAGCACCCAAGCUGGAGUUCGGCGUGCUAUGCAGCAGCCGCACGGCGCGCACGCUUGAAUGGGAGCGUGCUCGAGCAAGCGAGCUAGCGAGCGCCAACAUCACCUACGACCUCUCCAGAAAGCUCACCGAUCUUCAUCUGCUGCUCGGGGAGAGGGACAAGGCCAUGCGUCUCCUGCUGGACACGCCCGCUGCGCACCCCAAUUUCUAUCCGGACAUGCUUAAGGCCUGCGUCGUUGCCGCCUCUCACUCACAGCAGUCCUUCCAGCAAACCGUGGGCGAGGUGGCGCACAACAUGGUGGCGAGCGGGUGGCUCGAGGACGGAGUGCAGCUGCUGUGCCUGGUCGGGCGCGGCGCGGAGGCGUGUCGCCACCUGCAGGACCACGCCCGCUGGACCGACGCCGCGUGGCUGGCCAAGAUCGUACUGUCCGACGCCGAAGCCGCGGCCGUCCUGCGCCACUGGGUCGCGCACCUCGUCACCGCCGGACGCAAGGCCAAGGCGGCCGAGAUUUUGCUGUCGCUGGGCGAAGGUGCGGAGGCGGUGGAGUUGCUGUACGAGGCCGGGGAGCUCGGGCGCGCGGCGCUGCUGGCCCAGGCCUGCCCGGCCGAUCGCAAGCCCGAGCCGGGCCUGCUCACGCGGGUCUACGCCGACUACGCAGCGCGCCUCAAGGCCCUCGGCCACCCCGCCAUGUCCCACUACCAGGCCCUCCUCUCCACCCUCGUGAACUCCCUGUCCUCCUGA